CUCCUCGCGAAACCGCAUGGAUCGAAAGACGGGCGGGAGCUCCCCUUGCGCAUCGUGCAAGCUGUUACGAAGGCGGUGCGCGAAAGAUUGCAUUUUCGCUCCGUAUUUCCCUCCCGACGAUCCCCACAAGUUCGCGAUCGUCCACAAGGUCUUCGGUGCCAGCAAUGUUAGCAAAAUGUUGCAGGAACUUCCGGUUCAUCAAAGAGGGGAUGCCGCGAGCAGUCUCGUGUACGAGGCGAAUGCGAGGGUAAGGGAUCCGGUUUACGGUUGCGUCGGGGCGAUCUCGUACCUCCAAAACCAAGUCGCGCAGCUUCAGAUGCAGCUCGCGAUGGCUCAGGCGGAAAUUUUGUGCGUCCAGAUGCAGCAGGAGACUCCCUUUGCGCGCGAACAAAAGAUCGGAAUCGACGACGACGACGACCACGACGACAAGCACUUCAUGUUGCAGCACAGUGGUUUCUCUCAUGGUGUAAAUCAGUUCAUGAGUUUUUCCUCCCCUGGUACCAAUGUAGUGCAGGAGCCUCUCAAGAGAGAGUCUCUUUGGGCAUAAAAAAGAAAUCAUUUAUAUCCAAAUAUAGCAGUUUAAAGUGGCCGUAUUUUUGUGAUGUACCAAUGUUUUUGUUUGUUUGCGUGUGUAUCUGUACGUUUUCUUUUCAUUAACUGGG